AUGGCUCCCGAAGGGACGACAACUCCACCCAUUGGCUCUGGAUCCCCAGCAUCCUCGAAAGACAACGCCAAUGUCGCCCCAGAUGAUGACGCCAGGACGAGCCCAAACGCCGCAGAGGAGCCCAAUCCGAAUUUACCAUACCACAGAGUUUUCGCUGAGGUGACCGACACAGACCCUAAGCCCGGUCGUAAGACGUCCAAAUUUGUCAACGAAAAGCUGGCAGCAAUACCAACACCUGACAGCACUCUCGUUUCCGAAAAGACCAUCGCACACCUGCCAUUGAUAAAAAGGGCUACUCGCGCUAUUGACCGGAGCAGGCCCGAGAGUGCGGUCCCGACCCAGAACUUGAAAAAGGCCCACCGCUACGAGGAGACACUGGAUGCUGCCGCCAUUGUUCAGCCGCAUCCGCCCUGGAAAAGUUGA